AUGGGUGCCACAUGCAAGUUUAGAGAAAGAGAAAAAGAUAUUAUAUCUCAAGAAUCGCUAUCAAGUUUACCAAACUUAAACUCUGAGCCAGAUGCAUAAACUAACUUAAAAUAUAAGGUAUACGGUAAAAGUAAGAAUUCCAGAAAUGUUGCUAAUACUCCUGAAAAUAUGGAAAGGCCUCAUUUUUUUAUAAUAUAUCCAAGAAAUUAAAAUUAACGAAAUGAUUUAAUACUACAACUCUAAGACCUUAAUCGCAAUAACAAUUAUUAUAUUGAAGAAUACUCUUAAAUGACAAGUUAAUCAAUAGAAUCUAAAUAUGAAAGUAAUUUUUCAUUGAAUGAAGUAUCUGAAGGAUCUUUCAAUGUUUUUCGUAUAUGA